GAUCAAAAUCGCCGCUGUGUGACUGGCAGAGAGGAAACAGAAUAGUAAAGUAUCCUAAGGUAGCGUUUAUUGCAGUCUUAUUGGGACAGUCAGCAUUUUCGCGAGCGUAGAACGUUUUUCUCCGUCGACAUACAAAUGCUUAGUGUUACUUCCUUUUGGUUUAUUUUUCAGAAAGUUUAUAACGUUAACUAAAGACGCGUUUGUUAACCAGCUAGCUAGCUAGCUUGCAGCCAUAGUGGUCUGUGGGUGCUAGCUAGCUAGCUAGAUUUUCAAGACCGUUAGCCAACAGGCUAACUUUUACCAGCUACGAGUUUGCUUUGUUGCGACCAUCCUUCUCCGUGCGUUUUGCGGUUAAUAAUAAAGUGAGCUGAUUUAUCUCUGUUCUCUGAAGACUAGAGUGAGGUUUGGGAAACGUCGGGAGCCUAAUAGGCUAAGUUGAAUUACACAGUGGGAAAGGAUAUCGAGUUGUGUGCUUACUUUAGCGAGCUAACUUGGCUGUCGCUAGCGUUUCUAGCUAGUGACGCUUUCGGCGUUUGCUCUGUAGAAAGUUGUUUGGCUUAUUUGCGAGGAAGAAGAGUUAUCGUCGCGAAAAAUUGGAUAGGUCACAGCGUGUUUGAAGCGAAGUUAUCGAGUGUUUGCCAUUAAAUAGCAGUUUGAACCAACACAGGGAGAGGGGCGCAUAACUAAACUUAAGCUGUUGAGAUAAUCUGAGUCAGAAGCAAACCUUGACCUCCAACAGCAGUCAUGGAGAAGGAUGUCUGCGUGGAGGAAAAGGAGAAUGUUGACAGUCCAACUGAUCUUGCCAAGGAGUCCGAUACAGGACCAUCCGCUUUCAGAUAUACCAAGGAAGAGCUACUGGAAAUAAAAGAAUUUCCCAUUUCCAAUGAAAGACCAGAGUGUCUGUCAGAAAAAUAUGACAGUGAUGGCGUGUGGGACCCAGAGAAAUGGCACGCCUCGCUCUACCCCUCAGACCGGGACUCCCCUGUUGAGGGUCACAGGAAGGAUUACACAGAUGACAGGGUGCCACUUAAACGCAGGAUUGCUGACCCUCGAGAGCGUUUGAAGGAGGAUGACCUGGAGGUGGUUCUCAGUCCCCAGAGACGGAGUUUUGGAGGUGGUUGCCAAGGCAAUGCGGCAUUGCCAUCAAUGGCACGGCGACCCGUCAGCCCACUGGAGAACAAGGAGAAUGAGAGUUUGAGGCUGGUGGGGAUCCGCCGCAUUGGCAGUGGGCGCAUCAUGGCUGCCCGCACUUUUGAGCGGGACCUGCGCACAGAGCGAGACCUACGCCCCGACAAGGAGCGAGAGAGGGACUACAAAGACAAGAGGUUCAGGAGGGACUUUGGGGACAAGCGUGUGUUCAGUGAGAGAAGAAGGAAUGACUCGUAUGCCGAGGAAGAGCCAGAGUGGUUCUCUGGCGGCCCCACCAGUCAGUCAGAAACCAUUGAACUCAUUGGCUUUGAUGACAAAAUCCUAGAGGAGGACAAACGCAGACCAAAGCGCUCUCGAAAGAAGAGUGAUUCCAUAAAAGAGGUGGAGUGCAACGGGGGACUGUCAGAGGAACCGGAGCUGGCACAGGGAUCAGGAGCUGAUCAGGAAGUGCCCCGUUCAGAGGUCCUUCCAGAGCAGACCUCAGGAGACUUUGACUUCAAUGAGUUCUUCAACUUAGAGAAGACCAUGCCUGGGCUGGCCUCGAUGAUCGAGGAUGUUCUGGGUGAAGGUCCGGUGUCGGCCAGCCGCUUCAGUCGUUGGUUCACUAAUAUGAGCCCAUCGGGCUCCCGCUCCAGCAGUCUGCGCUCCACCCCACACGAGGAACUGGAGAGACUGGCAGGGCUGGACCCACGCUGCAGCUCUCCAACUCAAGGACCAGCGCCAUACUUCACCCCCAUUGGCUCGGGGGACAGCCGUGAAAAAGUGGACAUUUUGCAGCUGCUGCACAAUGCCAAGAUUGACCUGAAGCCUCUCCUCUCCAGCCUCUCUGCCAACAAGGCCCGUCUGAAGGAGAGUACAAACACUGGUGUGGUGCUGUCCCUGGAAGAGGUGGAAGGGGGUCUGAAGGGCCUCAAGGUGGAGUCCGAGCAGCCGCAGCCCCCUAGGGGCGGCUGUGGAACGCCCUUCAUGGCUGAGCAGCUGGAGCAGGCACUGACUGGUGGUCAACCCCGAAUCACACGGCCCCGGGACUCCGACAUGUCUGCCUUCAACAAGCUGGUCAGCAGCAUGAAGGCAAGUGGCACUCUGCCCAACCAGCCCAACCUCCAGCAGCAGACGGAGUCCACUGUGAUGCAGCUCCCUGAAGCCCAGGUCCCCACAGCACAGCAGAACAACAUUUUCCAGGAAUUGAUGGGUGGCCAUGUACCUACACACCCCCGAAGCAGCUCCCCAGCCCUGCUCAGCAGCCUGUUGGGGAACCAUGAGGGACCCCCUGCCCAACCUGGAGCCCCUGCAAUGGUCCACCGGAGGGGCCCCUCUCCUCCACUUUUUCCUCAGAGAACUCAGAUACAGGACUACUUCAUACAGCCAACAACUGGUUACCCCAUUGGCCCUCCGCCCAUAAUGGGAGAGCGCAUGGUUGAGAUGCGUUCCCUAAGUCCUAUGCAGCCUCAACAGAUGCGAGGCCUACCAAUGGGAAUGGACUUGCCUGACUUGGUCUUUCAGCAGGAUCUGGCCAUUUCUGGACGUCACCCUUACCCACAUGGUUACAACAAACAGGCCCACGAAAACAAGCAGCAGGCUUACCGCAACAGACAACCCAGACUGAACCGAUCACCAGGUCCCCACACCACAGGCAGGAGCUCCCCUGCCAACCCAGUCACAAGCAUGCUGUCUCCAUCCUUCACACCUACAUCGGUCAUCCGUAAAAUGUACGAGACAAAGGAGAAGACCAGAGACGAAUCUACGAGCCGACCAGGCAGCAAAGAGGAUGCAGCCAAUUCACUAGAAGAAAGCACCUCCCCAAGCCCUGGCCUGGAUGGAGGAGAGGGUGGAUGUCCUCCGGGUGGGACAGGCAAGUCUUGCUCCACCCCCGUUUCCUCCUCCUCACCCUCCUCUUCCUCCCAACACCCCCGCUCCUCUUCCCAGCGGCCUGCCGGCGGCACCUCCUCAGGGCACCACACGCCCACCCUGGUGUCCCCGGGAGGAGGGUCGUCUUCCAACUUCCCCCGGCCCAUCUACCCUGUGCCACUGAUCUCCCAUGUGCCUCUGGUGCGGCCGCCCCCUCCUCAGCUGCACCCCAGCGUGGUCCAGAGGAUGCUGGCUCAGGGCAUACAGCCUCAGCUACUGCAAGGCAUUUACCCCCAGGCAGUGGAUCUGUCUCAACUUCAGGGUUUACCCCCAGCCCUCCUAGGUCAACCCCUGUACCCAAUGGGACCUACAGGGCACCCUUUGCUUGCCCCCCGGGCUGGCACUCAUAUCCAGCACCUUGCAGUCUUGCAACAGCAGCAGCAGCAGCAACUCCAGCAGCAGCAGAGACCAUCCCUGCAUCCAGCUUCCCAGGGAGUCCCUCAAUCCCAGAGCCACAGCUCCGGUCGGAUGAACCAAUCUCAGCGGCGGGGAGGAAGUCCUCCCCUGGGUCUUGCAAAGUGGUUCGGCUCUGAUGUGUUGCAGCAGCCCCUGCCCUCCAUGCCAUCAAAAGUGAUCAGCGUAGAUGAGUUGGAGUUCCGGCCAUGAGCUGGGGAAGGAUGGGAGCGAUGAAGUCCUGUUGGCACCCCAUCCCUCUCCUCUCCUCCUCCCUGCCGGUGAAGUGGAUGUGCGGACUGGAGAGUGCCGUCCAAGAACCGCGCUCAUUCUUAAAAUCUCUAAACCCCCCCCCCCCCCCCCCUUCCCCUCCCCUCCCAAUUUGAGCGUUUACAGAAAAGUCUAAAGUGCACGAGAGGGGG